AGUAAUCGGCGCAGCAAGAAGUCGAAGUUAAAACCACCUGUGCCAGCUAAAAAUCGAAGUGAUCUUGAGAUUUUCGCGAGUGUUGCGUCAUAAUUGAAAAUGAUCGCAGUGUGACUCCUUAAAAGGCAUCCCCAUAGUGGCAGACACUCUAUUUUUUUUUUUUGAUUUUGUCAUUUUUCGGACGGCAACAACGAGUUAAUUAGAGUUCAGGUCGUGUGCUCGGGGGACCAAAUUUUUGAGCUGCUGAUUUAUGUUGGUGGAUGCCCCAUUCCUUGGCCAAAAAAGGCGCUAGAAAAUAAACAAAAAAUUAGCAACAUUUAGUUAAUGCACAUAAAUAAGAUACGAUUCGAUAUUGCCAAACGCCAAAUUGGGCAAGUCAAGUCGUCUCAAGUCGUCUCUAGUCGUGUGCCCCAAGAUCCGUGUGGGCAGCUAAAAAAGUCUAGCAAACAAAAAGAAAAUAAAUGACGAGUUUAAAUAACACUAACAAUCGGCUUUGCUGAGAAGCUUUGUUAGCUUUGUUGGUUAAUGAGCGUGUCCAUAUUUGGCCAAAUCAAAAUCAAAAAAUCGUCUCAAGAUGCCCGCCCCGCCGGCCACAGUGAAGCCUGCCUCUGGUCACACGACCAAGCUGAGCCAUGGCAAAUCCAGCAACAGUAACAACACAUUAUGCAACUCGAACGCCCAUCUAAGCGACUCAAGGACCAAUCUCACUGUCAACACGCCCACCACUUGCCAGCGAUUAAGCGAAAUGUUUCGGCGUUCGAUUGCCAGCAGUACCCAGUCCAGUUCCAGGGAAAAUACCUACGAGGAGAUAUAUCCCGGUCCCGAUCCGAAGCACAUCAUGGGCUCCCUGGUGUUCUGCAUCCACCACAAGCAGGGCUGCAAGUGGUCCGACGAGCUGCGCAAGUUGAAGGGUCACCUGAACGCCUGCAAGCACGAUGCCACGCAGUGUCCGAAUAAGUGUGGGGCACAGAUACCCCGGAUCAUGAUGACGGAUCACUUGCAGUACACCUGCACGAUGAGGCGCACUCGCUGCGAAUUCUGCCAGAGUGAAUUCUCCGGCGCCGGAUUGGAGGAGCACAAUGGCAGCUGUGGCCAGGAACCGGUUUACUGCGAGGCCAAGUGCGGCCAGAGGAUCCUGCGCGGCAGGAUGACGCUGCACAAGUCCAAGGAUUGCGCGAAGCGACUUCGCCGAUGUGCCCACUGCCAGCGGGAGUUCUCGGCGGAUACACUGCCCCUGCAUGCGGCCCAGUGCCCCAGGGCUCCGCUCUCCUGCCCCCAGAGAUGUGAGGCGGGUCCCAUUGCGCGUGGCGAACUGGAGGCCCAUCUGCGCGACGAGUGCCAAUCGCUGGCCGUGUCCUGCAGCUUCAAGGAGGCGGGCUGCCGCUUCAAGGGACCACGUCAGAUGCUGGAGGCGCAUCUGGAGAGCAAUGCCGCCGCACAUCUGUCCCUGAUGGUGGCCUUGAGCUCGCGACAGGGCCAGCAAAUCCAGAUGCUCAAGUCGGCGGUGUCGAAGCUCUCCAUUAACUACACUGGCACGCUGCUGUGGAAAAUCACCGAUUGGUCGGCCAAGAUGUCCGAGGCCAGGGGCAAGGAUGGCCUGGAGCUGGUCUCCCCGCCCUUCUACACCUCCCAGUAUGGCUACAAGCUGCAGGCCUCCAUGUUCCUCAAUGGCAAUGGUCCCGGGGAGAAUACCCAUGUGUCCGUGUACAUAAAGGUCCUGCCUGGGGAAUACGAUGCCCUGCUCAAGUGGCCCUUCUCGCACUCCAUCACCUUUACGUUGUUCGAGCAGGGAGCACAGAGCGGUCAGGGCGGCGUGGCCGAGUCCUUCGUGCCGGAUCCCACCUGGGAGAACUUCCAGCGACCCUCAAACGAACCAGAUCAACUGGGCUUCGGUUUUCCGCGCUUCAUCUCACACGAACUGCUGCACAGUAGACCUUUCAUCAAGAGCGACACCGUUUUCCUGCGCGUGAAAGUGGAUCCCAGCAAAAUAGUGGCCGUUUAGGAGGAACAAAAAAGCCCCUAGCUUAGCUUAAACAUUUACUCGACUUGUGUAAAUACUGUGUAUUUAAAUUUAUGAGUAAAUCCACCCUAGAUUAUUCAGUCCCAGCGGCAACUUCGGGCAAAUGUUGGCCUACAAGUGCUAACCAACCUUGGAAUGUUGACCGCUGGGCCACUGCAUCAUAGUCAUACUCGUGUUUCGUUUAGGUUUUUGCAGUGCUGGAAUUAAACCAAAGCAUACUUACGCAUUAGAGUUAAACAAUUCAAUUCAACGCAUAUACAUAUAAUUGUGUACCUACGCCUAAGUUCGUGUCUUAAGUCUUUUGCUUAGAGAUUUGUAUUAUUGCGCGCGAGAUUGCGAUCACUUUCAAAAGAUCUUCAAAACUAGACCGUACGCUCAAAAUCAGUUAGACCAUAUAAGUUGCAUGUACAUAGCGUUAAAUUCGGAGCAGCCGCAGCAACCGCAAACCUAGUUCUAGUUCUUAGUCUGUAGUUAGUUGCUAAAGCCAACGCAUUAGUCAUUAGUACCAUGAAAAGAAGAACAUAAACAUGAGAAUCCAACUUUCAGCAUAGUCAAUUAAGUUUAUGUUUAAAAGCUACAAAGUCAAAUAUACAAUAAAAUAAAAGCAAAUAUAAAUGAAAA